CUGAGCUACUGCUGCGUGAGCCUACCUCCCACCUUUCAUUCGGCACUCCCGAGGAGGGUUCCCAUACCAUUCGCGGGUAUGGGAAUACUGGUGCGCGGGAGUGGUAUGAUGAGCUCCCUGAUGCGGUCCAGCGCAUCGUGGACCGAGCGGGCUUCGGCACCUUCUGCCGAGGGCUCUCUAGGCUCUCCACAUGCAGACCUCUUCUUGCCGCUUUGGCAGAGAGGUGGUGGGACGCCACCGAUUCUUUCCAUUUUUCUGCUGCAGGGGACAUGACGAUGACCCCUUAUGACUUCUCGAUGCUCACAGGCAUCGGGGUAGGGGGGAAUCUGAUCCCUUUCGACACCGACAUGGAUGAGUGGACCGCUGCUCAGGUCCAUUUACUGGGGGAGGCCCCACCGCUAGCUCGUCCAGGCUUCGUGCGGUACUCCUGGUUCGAGACACAAUUUCGGGUCCAGCCCGCAUUGGGGGAGGAGGCGCAGAUGACCCCGGAGGACGAGGAGAGGUAUGCUCGUGGCUUCCUCAUGUUCCUGUUCGGGACUACCAUCUUCGCCGACCGGGCGAACACCGUGCCUCUCUGCCUUCUCAGCGCACUGGUGGACGUCCGGGAUAUCUUGCACUACGAUUGGGGCGGCGCUGCUCUGGCCACCCUGUACGGAUACAUGAGCUCGGCUUCUCGUGGCAGCGGCCAGCUGCUUGGAGGCUACUGGUGGGCUUGGGAGUUGUGGGUUUACGCCUACUUCCCUAGGCUUGCACCCGUACCAGUUGCGGAGCCUCCUCCGGCUGUCCCGUUCUCGAGUCGUUUUGACGGGAGAUGCACCCGGCGACCACGGGAGACGUUCGGCUUCUUCCGCCGAUAUUUCGACACCAUCACCCCCACAAAGGUAUGCUUUACUUUCAGUUCAUUUAGCUUCACUUUCCCACUGCAUAUUUCAAUAACAGUAGAUAACAAACUGUCUGUCACUUUCAGAUCACAUGGCGGCCAUGGUCUUCCUUGCCGUCGGCGAUGCGGGGUCGGUUCCCUGGUGCUAGAGGGCCCGGUCUGUCGGGCUUGGUACCUGGGGGAGCGUUUUCUACGCCAGACCCGCGGGUUACCUGAGCAGAUAGUCCCGGCUCACCCUCCUGCAGAGAUGAGGGAGACCGAGGGGCUGACCCCUGAGCAGCUGGAUGAUUACUCCAUCGGCUGGGAGGAGGCCGGCUUCCGAGGCACCGGCGACUAUCAGGAGUACGUGUGGACGUACCUGAUGCGCCCCUUGAGCGGCCGUCGAGCAGAGGGGGCCAAGCCUGUAGCAUCGGCGGCUGGGGCCGGAGCAGGAGCAGGGGCUGGAUCUUCGAGGAGGGCCCGGGUCCGUAGCAGGGGCGGAGUGCGGGGAGGACGAGGAGCGGGCUGGCCUGCCCUUCCUGCUGUGCUGACUUUCCAGGGGCAGGGUGGGGCGACCUAUCAGAUCCCCUUCGCCCCUCCACCGGCUGGGCAUGAGUUCACUGACAUCCCCGACCUUCCGCCGGCUUCUUCUGAGUACACCCGUCAGUCGUUGGCGAUGAAUGCCUCGAUGAUGGGGAUGCUCCAGCGGACAUUUGACCUUCUAGCCGUCUACAGCAUACCGGUGCAACUAACAAGAAUGACUCACAGUGCAGUGGGCUCGUACCUAGAACCCGAGAGCGAAGCCAUUCAUCUAGUAGGUAUCGAAUGGUGGAUCGAAGAGAUAAGACUGAACAUCGAGGCCAAAUGGCAGUGUGCGGGAGGAAGACCAGUGCAAGCAACACAGAUGGCAGCUCUGAGCUCAUUUGUGUUAAAUCAAAAGAAAGUUCGUGAUAUAACUGGUCUAAGCAGUUUGGAACAGUUACCUGUUUUCCCCAAUCGUUCAUCUAUGGAUGUCAUGCUUUGGAACUGUCGGGGGGCCGGCAAUAAAGUUUUCAAAAGAAAUUUCAGGGAACUCAUCAGAGUUCAUCGGCCUGAUGUGGUCGCUUUAUUCGAAACAAAGGUUCCUUUCAGUUCUAUGGGUUUAUUUUUCAACAAUCUAGGCUUCACUGCUUCUACAGUUGUUGACCCAGUUGGAAGGGUAGGAGGUAUUUGGCUCAUAUGGAAUCCUACUCAAGUCUCAGUCAAUGCAUAUGUUGCAACUUCUCAGGUUAUUCAGGCAACAAUCAAAAGAGAAAAUUUUGAGGAGUGGAUCUUGUCUGCUGUAUACGCUAGCCCUAACAUCAGUCUUCGUCACAAGCUCUGGAAAGAUUUAGACGACACAGCAGUAGCCAUGAGAUCCCCUUGGCUAGUUGCAGGGGAUUUCAACGAUGUAGGCGGCCAAGAUGAAAGGAGAAGCUUCAGCCAUAACAACCAACAAGGCAGGUAUCGAAGGUUCCAGGAGAGCAUAAACAAUUGUGGCCUCAUGGAUUUGGGAUGUACUGGCCCUAAAUUCACCUGGUCAAACAAUAGAAGAGGUAUGACAAACACCAUGGAAAGGUUGGACAGAGCUCUUUGCAAUGUAGAAUGGAGAACUGCCUUCUCUGAAGGUGUAAUUCGAAACCUCCCUCGUACCUACUCUUAUCAUUCGACUUUCAUUGUCUAUGUUGAAGGUAUAUCCAAACUUCCUUUUUAA